AGUGGCAACACUUGUCCACCACCUGACCAGCUGUACGAGAGCCAAUGUAGUUCCAUCAUGUCGAGACAUUGCGUCUCUGGUAAGUCUAUCGUCAACAUACUUGUCCGCGGGUGCUCGGAGCGUUAUGCUCCAGGCUGAGAUUACACCGCCGAACUUGAUUUGUUCAAGAUAAUACUUGCGAAAGAAGCGACGCUUUGUUGAACGAUCCUCCUGAUAUGUGCUAACGGUAGAUGUCUCAAAAGCAGAUUAUCCAAAACGCAACAUUCGAGAUUGAUGGUAUCGAUAGCGCAUUGUUACGGAAAAUUGAUUUGCGUGUGGUUCCAAUGAUCACCAUGCUCUAUUUUUUCUCUUUCUUGGAUCGAACAUCCAUCAGUAAUGCGCGAGUCGCCGGCUUGCAAACUGAUUUGAAGCUCUCCAACACGCAGUACAACAUAGCGCUGUCUGUGCUCUUCGUCAGCUAUGUCUCAUGGGAAAUCCCAAGCAAUUUGUUGCUCAAACGAUUCAGUCGGCCAAGUCUGUACCUUCCAAGCAUUGUGCUAGCCUGGGGCAUUAUCACCACGCUGACUUGUCUUGUGCAAAAUUUUGCUGGCCUGGUCGCUUGCCGUGUCUUUCUAGGCUUCACAGAGGCCGGCCUAUUUCCAGGCGCCAUCUUCUACCUCUCCCUCUGGUAUCAACGUCGUCAUUUAUUGCUGCGCGUUGCCAUCUUCUUCUCCUCGGCAACUUUGGCAGGAGCGUUCAGUGGCCUCUUGGCAACUGGUCUCACCAAGCUCAAUAAACGCGGCGGUCUGGAAGGCUGGCGGUGGCUCUUUGCAAUCGAGGGACUUAUGACUAUUGCCGGAGCUAUCGUUGCCUUCUUCUUCCUUGCAGACUUCCCAGCGACUGCCAAGUUCCUGUCACCCGACGAACGUCUUCGGGUCGUACAAACGCUGGAGAAGGAUUGGUCUGGGCACAAACUUGAAGGUGGCUUGGACUGGCAUCAAGUCCGCAAGGCAUUCAAAGAUUAUCGAGUCUAUCUAUUUGGCUUGCUCUGCAUUGGUAUCGCCCUGCCUACAUUUUCCUUUGCACUCUUCCUGCCCUCCAUCAUCUCUGCCAUGGGCUUCUCCGCCAUUUUGGCACAGGCACUCACUGUUCCGCCGUAUGCCUGUGCAUUCUUCAGCUGCAUAGGCACAUCCUACCUCUCUGAUCGAACUCAGCGUCGAGCACCCUUCAUCUUGUUCUGGACAGCGGUUGCCAUGGUUGGCUACAUCAUCCUCCUGGCAACCAACACCAAGACUCAACCAGCAGUGCAGUACUUUAGUGUCUUUCUGUGUGCAACAGGCAUUUUCACCGCAUCAGCGCUCAACAUUGGCUGGCUUUCCAAUCAAAUCCCCAAUGCAUCGAAACGAGCAGCUGGCGCAGGAUUCCAAUUGUCUGUAGGACAACUAGGUGGUGUGGCCGCGGCGUACAUUUAUCCAAGAACAGAUGCACCACGGUAUAGAACGGGGCAUGCUACUGCCUUGGGGUUUCUGUGCCUAGCCCUCCUCUCCACUUCAGCUAUCUGGGUUGUCUUGGCGAGGAGCAAUCGGCAGAUUGACGAGGCUGUGGCUCGUGGGCAAUUGAAGGAAGGCAGUGAAGAAACAUUCAGGUAUACGCUUUGAGUCAAAGUCAUACAUUUAGAUGCUAUGAGAUACUUGAUUUGGCAAUUUAAAG